GUUACGACCCGUGAGGUCUGUGUGUUGUGUUUGUAUUGCUGUGGGUGUUCUUCUGUCUCUCUCCUACAGGUGUUCCGUGUUUGAAGGUUGACGCGGUGAGAAUCUCGCAGCUGAAGCUGAUCAGUGGCAAUUAGUGGGGUGUAUAAGUUGAACCAGUAAAGUGCCUGGCUGGCUCUCACUCUUUCUGGGCGGCUCGCGUGGUACUGUGUGGCUUACUGUGUGAACUACUGUGUGGAUUGCUGUGUGGUUAAGGCGUGAUCUGCUGGGUGCUGAUCUUAAGUUUUCCCGCGCCGUCUGUUUGGUGAUUCGGUGGAGGCAGCUGUUGGAUCAGUGUUCCCGAAUCGAUCAGCGGAAAGUGGUCGUGGUGAGCGGCGGGUAAUAUCCGUGUGGGUUUUCGGUAGCGCGGCGGGAGCCGUGGAGACCGUAUUGUGCUGCACAUUUUCUAUUCAGUAUAUAUUAUUAAUAAAUGAAUAUCUGAACUUGACACGUGUUUUGAGUUAUCCUUGGUUUUUCCAUCCUGGGUAUUUAUUUAUUUAUUUAUUUGUUAGUCCCACAUCCCUAGACAAACUGGGACGUAACAAAAGUGGGGGCGUGUCCGAGAUUUCUUUGGAAAACCAGGAUGCUUAAUUCAUGUUUCAUGUAUGUAUGGUGAUUCAGUUUAUAUCAUAAUGGUUAUUAUUUAUAUUUAUGUGUAAAUAUACUUUUUUGUGUGUUUAUGGUAGUGUAAUCAUUAAUUUUACCCCAAGUAAAUUUCCACUUGAACUGCUUUCUCAGCUUAGUGCAGGGUAGUGUCCAGCUGGGCUGAAACAGCCUUUCCAUCGGGCACUAGUUUAUUAUUUUGCCUUUUUUAUUUUUGGAAGUAAAUCCUGGGCGGAGACUACGUUCUCCAAAGGGGGCUGGCGUUUCAGGGUUUCGACCGCUGAUGUAUUGCCUGUAAGUCGCCUCGAGCCCGGCACGCUUCUGAAGAUAGAUAGAUUUGAACCAGUUUGAUAAAUGCAAGAAAACUGAACUCCAUGACAUCGCAAACCAUUAUGACAUCACUGUAUCCACUUCCCUAAGGAAAGCUGAACUUAAAGCUGUGAUUUUAAAUGGACUUAUCAGUAAAGGGAUUAUCAUAUUACCGGUAAUUAUGAGUAAUCUUGACCCAGAGCAGAGUGUGGGAGGGGACCAACUGGGUAAUGGGACUCCUACUGGUCAACAGGGGGUACCACUAGGGAAACCCAUAACGAUACCCCAAUUUGUGCCAUUCUCAGUCGAGUCAACUCCUGGCUCUAAGCAGGAUGGCCGGUUAAAAGUUUGUUUAUUGAGGCUUCAGAUAGAGAAGGAAGAGAGGGAGAGAGAAUUUCAACUCCGUCGAGAGCUGGAACUAAAGAAAUUAGAAGCAGAUACAACCCUUAAAAUGAGACAACUGGAAUUGCAGACAAAUAUUGAAGUUGCUCGUCCUGAUACUUCUGCUAGUGUGUUGCCUGCACAGUCUGCCAGUGGGUAUGAUGUGAGUAAAUAUAUUUCGCUGGUGCCUAUUUUUCGUGAGGCUGAAGUGGAAACCUAUUUUGGUGCAUUUGAACGCGUUGCUGGAGCUUUACGCUGGCCUAAAGAGGUAUGGGCCAUUUUACUUCAGUGUAAAUUAACGGGUAAGGCCCAGGAAGCAUGUGCAGCACUGUCUGUGGAGGACGGGUUGAAUUAUGAACGGGUUAAGAGUGCUAUUAUGAGAGCUUAUGAGUUAGUGCCGGAAGCAUACCGACAGCGUUUUCGUGGCCUACGGAAAGCACACGAUCAAACGUUUACAGAUUUUGCGCGAGAAAAGGGAAUCCUUUUUGAUAGAUGGUGCAUGGCAUGUAGAGCCGAUGAUGUGGCCUCGGUACGUGAGUUGAUCUUGCUUGAGGAUUUUAAAAACUGUUUGCCAGAACGGACUGCUGUAUAUCUGGGUGAACAAAAGAUUACUUCCCUACAACAGGCAGCUAUAUUCGCAGAUGAGUUUGCGCUUCUGCAUAAGGCCACCUUUAAUAAGCGUGACGCUCCUUCACGAGUAGGUGUUCAAAAAACUGAACCGGUGGUUCAUAAGCCCUUUGACAGUCGUCACAGUGUAGCUCCCAUUCAAAAGGCAGACAGAGUAUGUUUUUUUUGUCGUAAGCCGGGACAUUUAAUUGCGGAGUGUAGAGCUUGGAAGGGUCAGCAACCCAGUUUAAAUCAAAAACAACCGAAGGGGGUGGGGUUGAUUAACAUGUCUUCCCAGCCCCAGGGGCUAGAGACUGUGAUCCAUGAGACUGACGAUUGUUUUAAACCUUUUAUUUCUGAAGGUUUUGUUUCUUUGACAGGAAAACCAGAAGACCAGCGACGAGUGAGAAUACUGCGGGAUACAGCCUGUUCGCAGUCACUAAUGCUGUCUGGCACUCUCCCUGUGUGUGACAGUUCUGAUGUAAGUGCAGUGGUGAGGGGUAUUGAGAUGGGUUUCGUACCAGUGCCACUGCACCGGAUUUAUGUCCAGUCUGAUCUAGUGACUGGAUUUUUCACGGUGGGUGUACGUACAGGGUUUCCGAUAGAGGGCAUUGAGUUAAUAAUUGGGAACGAUAUUGCUGGGGGAAAGGUGUUUCCUGUCCCUAGAGUGGUUAGCAAUCCCAUCCUUGAGUCUGAGCAGGAUGAGUUGGGGAAAAGUCAUCCUCAUAUUUUUGUAGCCAGUGUUACUACAAGAGCACAAUCUCGUGAAAAGUCCCAGGAAAUUAACCUCUCUGACUCACUUCUUGCUUCUAUUUUCUUUGACCCUGUGAGCUGUAAGGUGGAUAAGGCUGAAAAGGCAGUGGACUCUGUGGGUGAAUCGGAUCUUGCACCUUUGGCGCUCACUCCCAAGGCUCUGAUAAAAGCUCAGAGAAGUGACCCUUCAUUGAUUAAGUGUUUUGAUUUAGUGGUCAAGGAUAAAAUUGAGUGUAACAGCAGACAACCUUUCUUUUUGGAUAACGGGGUACUGAUGCGCAGGUGGGUUUCUCCGACUGAUGAUGCAGGUAUAGAAUCCGAUAUCGAUUGGAAGGUGGUUUGUCAGGUAGUUGCACCUGUUGAUUGUCGACAGCAGAUAUUGUCAUUGGCACAUGAGCAUUUAUGGGCAGGUCAUUUGGGCAUUAGUAAAACUUACAACCGUGUACUAAAACAGUUCUUUUGGCCAGGUCUAAAAAGGGAUGUGACCCGGUUUUGUAAAACCUGCAGGACCUGUCAAGUUGUCGGCAAACCAAAUCAGUGUGUUCCACCGGCCCCGUUACAGCCCAUUCCGGUAGUUGGUGAACCAUUCGAACAUGUCAUUGUUGACUGUGUAGGCCCAUUACCAAAAACCAAAGCGGGUAAUCAGUUUCUGCUCACUGUGAUGUGUCUUGCUAGCCGAUUUCCAGAAGCUAUUCCCCUACGGAGAAUCACAGCCGUAUCAGUAACCAAGGCACUAGUUAAAUUUUUUACUACAUAUGGGUUGCCAAAGGUGGUACAAACUGACCAGGGAACAAAUUUCCUUUCCAAGGUGUUCAAACAAACUCUUAGCUCAUUGGGAAUCACUCACUCCAUAUCUAGUGCCUAUCACCCUGAGUCACAGGGAGUUUUGGAGCGCUGGCACCAAACGUUAAAGUCCAUGUUAAAAAAAUACUGUCAUGAAACGUGUAAAGACUGGGAUGAAGGAGUCCCUUUUGUACUUUUUGCUGCUCGUGACACAAAACAGGAGUCUUUAGGGUUUAGCCCAGCCGAGCUUGUGUUUGGCCAUAAUGUGCGUGGUCCGUUAAAGAUGCUGAGAGAAAAGAUGAUGUAUGAGGAGUCUCCCAAAACUAAUGUGUUGGAUUUUGUUUCCCGGUGGAGAGAGCGGUUACAUCGUGCUGUGGAGCUGGCAAGGGAGUCACUUUCUUCCACGCAGACCCGUAUGAAGAAGCGAUUUGACCAAAAAGCAGUCGACCGGCAGUUUAAUGCAGGUGACAAGGUGUUGGUCUUGCUGCCCGUUCCUGGGUCUACCCUCACUGCCAAAUUCUCAGGGCCAUAUGAUGUGGAAAGGAAGGUCUCAGAGACAGAUUAUAUCAUUCGUACACCUGACCGUAGACGAAAAACACGCUUAUGUCAUAUAAACAUGUUGAAGCCUUUUCAUUCUAGAGAUGUUGUUCUGAUGGAACCGGUGCAGAGUCCAACAGUGGCAGUGGUGGGAGCUACAACUCUUGUUGAUGACUGGUCUGAGCCUGAUCUAGCAACGCCUUGUGAAGAUCACAUGUGCGGUAGGCUGGCUAACUCUGAGUUUAUGACUACUUUAGUUCAACAAUUGUCUUACUUACCCACAUCUCACCAGCAGGAUGUGAUAGCCUUACUUCGUGCUCAUCCUUCCAUCUUGAAUGACAUUCCAUCCCGUACUACGGUGCUGGAGCAUGAUAUAGAUGUGGGUGAUGCAAGACCUAUUAAACAGCAUGCUUAUCGCUCUCCGAUAGCCAAACGAGAAGCAAUGAAAAGAGAAGUCCAUUAUCUGGUAAAACACGGCCUAGCUAAGACUAGUUACAGUCCGUGGAGCUCACCCUGUCUGCUAACGCCUAAGUCUGACGGCACCUUUCGGUUUUGCACUGAUUUUAGGAAGGUGAAUGCAGUUACUGUGUCUGAUUCUUUUCCGCUGCCUCGCAUGGACGACUUAAUUGAUAGGGUUGGCCCAGCUAAAUGUAUCACAAAGUUAGAUUUACUAAAAGGAUAUUGGCAGGUGCCUUUGACCCAGCGUGCUUCAGAGAUCUCAGCCUUUGUGACGCCAGAUGUAUUUAUGCAAUAUACUGUGAUGCCCUUUGGGGUGAAAAAUGCUCCUGCCACUUUCCAACGCCUAAUGCAACUUGUGCUGGGGGAUAUACCAAACUGUAGCGUCUAUCUUGAUGAUGUAGUCGUGUACUCUGAAGACUGGGAUAGCCACAUGUCCAGCUUGAAAACUGUGUGCCAGCGGUUAGCCGAUGCCUCUCUUACACUGAACUUGGCGAAAUGUGAAUUUGGUAAAGCCAUGGUUACCUACCUUGGUAAACAGGUUGGCCAGGGGCAGGUCCGUCCCUUAGAUGCCAAGGUGGCUGCUAUUCUUGCUUUACCAAUCCCUACAACUAGACGUGAGCUUAGGAGAUUUUUAGGUAUGGCUGGAUAUUAUAGGUGCUUUUGCCAAAACUUUUCGGUCGUGGUUGCUCCACUUACCAGACUAUGUAGCCCUUUCGUACCCUUUCUGUGGGAUGAUGUAUGUAACCAGGCUUUUGAGGCUGCCAAAUCUCUUCUUUGCAGUGCACCUGUGCUGGCAGCACCCAAUUUUUCCCAAUCUUUUUACCUAGAGGUCGAUGCUAGUGCCACUGGGGCUGGAGCGGUGUUGAUGCAGAAGGGGGAUGAAGACAUGUGUAAACCUGUGUGUUAUUUUUCAGCUAAAUUCAAGAAACACCAGCUGAACUAUUCCACCAUAGAGAAGGAGACAUUGGCCAUGCUCCUGGCUCUACAACACUUUGAAGUAUAUGUGGGUUCAAGUUUCUUGCCAAUCACUGUUUACACCGAUCAUAACCCUCUUGUUUUUCUAGCUCGCAUGUAUAACAGUAACCAACGUUUGAUGCGUUGGGCCCUUCUGGCCCAAGGCUACAAUCUUCAUAUCAAACAUAAGAGGGGAGUGGACAACAUCUUGGCUGAUGCCUUGUCUCGUGGGUAAGACCUCCUCUUUAGUGGGCCUCCGAUAAUUACAAAUUUUGAAUUGGGAUUUUUAUAAUGGUAAACAAACUAUGUAAUAGGUUUGUUCUUAUGGGUGGGGGUGUUACGACCCGUGAGGUCUGUGUGUUGUGUUUGUAUUGCUGUGGGUGUUCUUCUGUCUCUCUCCUACAGGUGUUCCGUGUUUGAAGGUUGACGCGGUGAGAAUCUCGCAGCUGAAGCUGAUCAGUGGCAAUUAGUGGGGUGUAUAAGUUGAACCAGUAAAGUGCCUGGCUGGCUCUCACUCUUUCUGGGCGGCUCGCGUGGUACUGUGUGGCUUACUGUGUGAACUACUGUGUGGAUUGCUGUGUGGUUAAGGCGUGAUCUGCUGGGUGCUGAUCUUAAGUUUUCCCGCGCCGUCUGUUUGGUGAUUCGGUGGAGGCAGCUGUUGGAUCAGUGUUCCCGAAUCGAUCAGCGGAAAGUGGUCGUGGUGAGCGGCGGGUAAUAUCCGUGUGGGUUUUCGGUAGCGCGGCGGGAGCCGUGGAGACCGUAUUGUGCUGCACAUUUUCUAUUCAGUAUAUAUUAUUAAUAAAUGAAUAUCUGAACUUGACACGUGUUUUGAGUUAUCCUUGGUUUUUCCAUCCUGGGUAUUUAUUUAUUUAUUUAUUUGUUAGUCCCACAUCCCUAGACAAACUGGGAC